AUGAAGCCUUACACCCCUCCUCUGCCAUAUCCUCAAAGAUUUCAGAAGGAGAUCAAAGACCAACAGUUUUUCAAAUUCCUAGAUGUUUUCAAGAAGCUGGAAAUCAAUAUCCCACUUAUUGAAGCAUUGGAGCAGAUACCUCUGUAUGCAAAAUUCCUCAAGGAGCUUAUUAACAAGAAGAGGAGCUGGAAUGAAAAAGAGACAAUGAUCUUAACCCAAGAGUGCAGUGCUGUCAUCCAAAGAGGUCUUCCACCAAAGCUCAAAGAUUCAGGAAGCUUCAUCCUAUCUUGCACUAUAGGCAACAGAACAUUGGACAAAGCCCUCUGUUAUCUAGGAGCCAGCAUAAACUUGAUGCCUCUCUUAUUAAUGAAGCAGCUUGCAAUAGAAGAACUCAGACCAACUAGAAUGUCACUUCAAAUGGCAGAUCGGUCACUCAAGAUACCUAAUGGAGUGGUGGAGAAUUUGUUAGUGAAGGUUGGAAAAUUCAUAUUCCCCGGUGACUUUGUCAUUUUAGACAUGGAAGAAAAAUGA